GUAGCACUUCAUUGUCAAAGCCAUGUCUGAGCUACGACAGAGAAAAAAGGAUGCAACAGAAACCCAACAAGAUGUCUCAGAGGUAAAAGCUACCAGUGAACCAAAAAAUCAAUUGACAUCGCGAGGCUUUUAUGCCAUUAUUCUGUUUGUCAUCGCGUUCGCUGCUUACCAGUACCCUUCAUUUAUCCAUGACUGGCUAGGGCUGUCGGAAUCCGAGACGUUGCAUGGGACCAGACCAGAUAGUAUAGUGGACUUCUCAGCAGACAUUUUCAAACGUGAUGCUGUUGUAGAAGCGUUCAAGUACGCAUGGGCGGCAUAUGAGAGGGACGCAAUGGGUGAUGAUGAGUAUCAUCCCAUUAGCCAUCAAGGCUCCAACUUGACAAAGCCGGGCGGCAUUGGAUAUACAGUUGUGGACUCUAUCGACACCAUGCUCAUCAUGGGCCUUCCCGACGAGUACGAGCGUGCCAAGUUGUGGGUAGCCAACGACAUGUCCUUCGACAGAGAUGCACCAUUCAGCACUUUCGAGACUACCAUUCGCGUCCUUGGGGGUCUCCUUGCCGCGUACCACCUCUCAGGGCAGGAUCCCCUAUAUCUCGAGAAAGCCACAGAACUGGGGAACCGCAUUCUCCCGGCCUUUGAUACCGAGUCUGGCCUCCCACUCUCACUCGUCAACCUCGCCGAGAUGGAGGGUGUUCCUGACAAGGACAAUAGUGGCAUGAUAAGUACUGCUGAAGCCGCAACACUCCAACUUGAGUUCCGCUACCUUGCUUUCCUGACAGACGAAGAUAUAUACUGGGAGAAGGCCGAGCGGGUCAUGGCAGUUAUCAAACAGGCGCGCAUGUCGCACGGGUUAGCAUCAAUAUUCAUGACCCAAGAUGGCCGUUUUGCGACGUCAGCGAUACGUCUGGGUUCUCGUGGUGAUUCAUACUACGAGUAUCUAUUAAAACAGUACCUUCAGACAAAUCAAACUGAAGGCGUUUACCGCGAGAUGUACGACGAUGCAAUGACAGGUAUACAUGACCAUCUGGUGCAGAUCAGUCCGUCAUCGAGUCUCACCUACACUGCUGAGCUUGUGCCAGAGCGUAAAGGCCAAGGACUCCAAUGGCGUCUCGUCCCAAAGCAAGAUCAUCUCGUCUGCUUCCUCGGGGGUUCACUUAUGCUAGGCGCCACCACUUCUGGAGCACUCGUUCAUCCCGUGUCUGUCCCACCACGCCCAGAAGAACUUACAGAGCAAGGAAAGCGCGACUGGAAGACGGGCAUCGAGCUCAUAAGGACAUGCAUGGCCACGCAUGAUACCCAAACUGGGUUGUCACCGGAGAUCGCACACUUCAGAACACAGAACGAUAAUCUAGAACAGCUUGCCCAUAUGCCUACAGAUUGGUAUAUCAAAGGAGCUCGCCCAGGCGGCCCUACGCCCUUUGACGCUCGUUAUAUCUUACGCCCAGAGACUGUCGAAUCGCUCUUCAUCGCUUUCCGACUAACAGGGGACGUGCAGUACCGAGAGUACGGCUGGGCGAUUUUCAAUGCAAUCGAAAAACACUGCAAGCUUGAGAGUGGGGGCUAUGCUGGAGUGAUGAAUGUGGAUGCGGUCCCGGUAGAGCACGAUGAUAAGAUGGAGACAUUUUUGAUGAGUGAAACAUUGAAAUAUCUGUAUCUUUUAUUCGCGGACGUCAAAGUCUUGCCUCUAAACGAAUAUGUAUUCAAUACAGAGGCCCAUCCCUUCCCUGUGUUUAUGUCCAACAUACGCACCGGUUUCUCGUGAUGAAGGCGGGGUAUACCGCUUUACAUUGUGAUCAUCUAUCCGGUACUUCACAAAAUAUUGCAUAUCAUCAUGGUUGCAACGUACCUGCGCU